AAUUUUAGGAUCUCAAUGAAGUUAAAUGGGCAAUCAAAACAACAGCCACCGGAGAAGGAAGGAUUUGAAUAUAUUGAUAUAUUGCUGGAAAAUUUGGAAAAACGUAGGCCAUUUGCUAAUGGAGAGAAUUCUUCCAUAUCUUUAAACGAUGUGUACAUGCUUUACAAGGUGGUUGCGGAAGAAUUUAGUGAGAAGUUACGUCAGAGUAUAUUAAAUGGUGAUAAUGUGGAACAUUUGACGCAUUUCCCUGAUUUAUUAGAAGUAUACUGUACUGCUGACCGUAACUCACAAGCUCCAAACGUAAUAUCAGAUGAGCAAAUAGUGUGGACGAUAGGAAAAUUUAUCUCAGUCCUCUCAUCACCGAUCGUUUACGGAAAAUUUGGUGGUCUAUAUCAAGAUUGUAUUAUUGAGCUCACUAAACUUUUGCAACCACCUAAUGUGCUUUUUGUGCAGAAACAAAUUGUUUUGAUUUUGAAGGAUAUGGUGGAUAAAAAAAACCUUUUGCUAUUUAAUAUUAACGGUGACAACGAACAAAUAAUAUUCGCCACCCCAAUGGGUGAUAUCAUUCUGGGACCAGUAAUAUCAGUUUUACAAUAUGGAACGAUGAACGAAUCGGUUAUACAGAACGAAGAUGUUUUAAUAUAUCUAUGGUUUUCUUUGUUACACGUUAUCCUCACAGGUGUAUCACGAGUGAAGAACAAAGCAAUAUUGCUUACACAGCGAUUACUUUCAAUGGAUGCGUGUAAUGCAGUGUUUGCGGAUUUAUUAUUUGAUGAUUUAAUGGCAGUAGAACGAUGGCUUUGUGAUUUAACAGCUGAAGUGAUUGGUGAUGAAGAAUUACGUCUGAAAGAAGCGUUGGGGACUUGUGAACGUACUUUUGGUGAUGCUAUUCGGAAUAUCGAUGAAUGCGAAACUUUCAGUAAAAUUGAUUUUUAUCAUUGCCUGAAGUGGACAAAACAACUUGCGGAGAUAUGCUCGUCACGCGUAAGGCCAGAUGAGCGUUUGGUUAAUAUGUUAAUCGAUUUAUGCUCUGUAAACCUACGAGUUGAAAAGAGCGUUCGGGAAGAAUAUUGUGAUCUAUGCAGUUAUUUGUACAUUAUAGUGAGGAAAAUUUUUCAAUGUGAAUUACAAAUAAAAGCCGAGAACAUCGGUGAAUUAUUCGAGUUCAUUUUCGUGGUGCUGGAAUAUAAUGAUAUCAAUUCAUCGUAA